UGCUGGAAACCCCGGUAAUGUCCUCACUGCGCAGCCGCAGAGGGGCGGGCGCACGUACGUUACGUGACGUGUGUACCCGGAAGUCCUUCUCCUUCUCCGGACUUCACUUAUUUUUUAUGGUUAUUAAUCAUGUCUAUGCUUCCCCCGGCCGCAGUGUUCCGGCUUCCUUGGGAAGUGAACUCUUUGAAGGAAGGGGAAUCAGUGCGAACAUUCGGCAGGCUGGUCUGCUAUCAGCCAGAUGAAUCCAGGGCCACCCUCUCUGCCCAGCAUGCUUCCAAAGAGCACCUUGUGUUUGUCCACACCCAGUUUGUUGAACCAUUUAACCCGAUAAUAGGAGCCCAGUACCUGGUUUUGGGUGAAACAGAAAACUCUGAAGGGGUCGGAGUGACGGUUCGGGCCCGUGUGCUGAACUGUGUUGACGGUGUAAACAUUGCACUUCUGCAGAGGGCUGUCACAGAGCAGCGGAGUUUCUUCGCUGAGAGGGAGAGCAAACAGGUGGAGGCGACGCACCCAGGGGAUGGAACCUGAUGAAGGCCUCCAUGCUGUGACGCUGGCAGGGCUACACUACCUUACUUUUUAACAAUAUUCAGCUUUAUGAAACCUUAUUGUUUUGUAUUUUUCAAAGCUUAUUUAAAAGUAACAGAUUUACCUGUUUGGUGAAUGAGAACAGAUGUGGAAUAUUUUUUUAUUCUAUUUGUUAUUUCAAUAAAGAACAUAUUUUUAUAGCUGUGAAUUA